AAAACAAACAUGGCGUCCAGACAAUAUCAAAUUUAUUCUCAAAAAAGUACUCAUAAUACCUUCAUGGAAAAAUAACUUGACGCUUUGAGGGUCUAGAAUCCACUUUUCUUUAUUUGUGAAUGUUUCCACAAUGGAAGAUUUUAUCAUUGGUAAGGACGUGGUAUUUAGAGAAUAUGAAGCUCUUCAAGAUCUCCUACAGUCUUUACCACUAAAGGCCCAACUUGGCCCAAAGGGCUUAGUUGAUCAAGUACGUGGACUGAAAGAGCAUGGCUUCCAGCAUUUAUUCAGUUCGCUGAAAGAAAAAGCACAUGACAGCCACCUAGGGAAUGUAGACAUUGUGUAUACCUGCUUUGAUGUUUCUCACAAUGUUGUGGCUUUAGGAAGUAAUUUAGGAAUGAUCUUCUUCUUUGAUCGUAAUGUUAAGAAGCUGGCAAGAUUUUCUAGUGAUGCUGUCCAUGAACCAGUAACUUGCAUCAAACUAUUACCUUUACAAUGCUUCUUAGCAAGUGGUCAUUCUAAUGGUGCUAUACUCAUUUUCUCAUACUACCUCUCAUCAAAGGCACUACCAAAGUCAGAGUAUUAUCCAGUGUCUGGUAUCCAUACCAGUGCAAUAACCUGUGUUGAAUGGAGUCCUGAUGGGACUAUCUUGUACAGUGGAGAUGAAGCAGGUCAAAUAGCUGUUUCCAUUGUCAAGUCUCCUGAGUUGAUACAAACAGCUCUCUUGUUCACUGAGAAUGCACCUAUUGUCCAGAUGUCCUACUCAUAUUCCAAUCUUCUUGUAUCAACGACUAAAAGAACUGUUCUGUGGAAUUUUACUACUGAGCAACCAACACAAGUUGGGCAAAAGGAAAGGAAAAGCCCUGGAAGUUAUGGUGCAUGUUUUUACCCACCAGCAAGGCUCUUACUUGAGAAAGAAAAGGAGCCACCUCUGACCAUCUAUUCAUCAAGACCUGGUCUCAGAUUAUGGACAGCUGAUAUUAAUGGCAAAGUGUUAGCAACACUAAUGUACAAAGGGUUGAUGAAUGACUACCCCCCUGGAAUACACACCCUUACUCCUCUCCCCUCCCCCUCCUUAGCAGAUGCUACAAAAAUUGAACCCUCUUCUGCGACAGCACCUCAGUUUGGCAGGCUUGAGAUCUUUCAUGGACAGUUUGUCAUCACUUGGGAUUGUCAAAGGUUGUGGGUACUAGACACAUCACCAUGUGCCUUGGUCUGUUUCCAUCACAGUUACCAUGGGAAUAUUAUCGAUGUUAGUACUAUAGGACAUGAAAUUUAUAUCCUGCAGAAAGGUCCACGACUCAUAAAAAAGAUUUCUCUCAUCCCAAAAAUGCCAAAUCCACUUCUUCAAAUUUCAAGGAUUCUUGGAACUAGUAGACAGAUGGAUUCUUCAUAUGUUGAAAAUAGUGUGGUUGUCAGGACAAGUGAUCCUAGUAUUUCUAAAGAUGAAGAUAGCAGUAGUUGUUCAAGCAGAUCUGGUCUGGUGGAAACACAAGACAAGACAGUUGCAGAAGGUCAUGAACUUGAUAUACUGGCUUCAAAACUCCAAGAUGUUGUUGAAGAAGACUAUGGAGACAUUGUCUUUAAACCAAAGCGUGCGAGCAAGAAGAAACACAAUAGACUGAAUGAUUCUUUCGUGGAACCUAACGAAAGCUCCCCCGAAAAAGAAGAUGACAGCGCAAAUGAUGAAACUUCUGAUAUAUCUUCCGAACUAGACUUUGCUGAUCGAAGUGUUUCUAACUACAACUCGAGCGAUAAUGAUUCACCAAAAGGUCCUAAUGUAGUAACCCUCAUUAAUGUACGAGAUGGACAUCCAAAUACUACGACUACACAACAACCAUCAUCUGUCGAUCAGCUUGAGCCACCAACUAGAAGUGAUCCCUACGAUUUGUCUAGCAGAACUGAGCAUUUAUCUCCUUCAACGGGCUUAACAGAAACGAUUGAGAGAACAGCAUCUUUGGAUUCUUGUUCACAAACUUUGUCACCCAUCAGAGAAUUAAGCCAAGAAUAUGAAACACCAACGUCUUGUAGUAAUGAAAGUUUAACGGAGAAAACAAAUCAAGAGAGUCCAGUUGGUCUCGAUGAGUCUCACAGUUUCCCCCAGAUAUAUUCAACCACACCAUCAAACCUGUCUGAUCUCUCGUUGUCAGAAAAAUCAUUCGACAGAUUAACAUCAGGUCAAAGGAAGCAAUACACACAAAGACCAGAUGAUUUCAGCAUGACUGUCAUUGGUUCUGAGUCUUUGUCCUUGGAAAAAACAAGGGCAGAUUCACAAGAAACUCUUCCAGUGUGUCUAGAUGUAGAUGGUGCAGAAGAACUCUAUGAUGCUGUGUCUUGGACAUCCUCUUCUCGGACGUUCAGCGAUUUUGAUGGCGUUUCCUUGGACUUUAUUCGUGGUAUCGAGAGGACCUACACAACACAGACGUCUCAGGAAUCCAGAACAAGUGACACUUCAGCAGCCAGUCAAAACGUUCAUCUAUUGGUUGACAGCUGGUCUGAUAUCAAAACUCCAUCUUCUGGGUAUGUUGUCUCGCUUGGUGUGUCAGACUUGCACAUUUGGGUCGUAACUAACAAUGAAAGUAUCUUCUUUUGUCCAACUCACUUCGAGACCAUUUCCUGGACAAAAGUCGGAGGCCAAGCCAAAACAAUCGCUGUGAACAAUGCUGGUGACGUCAUAUGGUGUAUCGAUGGAAGAUACCAGGCAUAUGCUCGUACCGGUAUUCGGGAUAGCAAUCUGACUGGCUCAGAUUGGAUGCCAGUUGAGAAGAACGUACGACAUGUUGCGAUUGAUGAUACAGUUGUGUUAAUGAUACUGAUGAAUGGGGAUGUGUUCAUAAGGACUGACGUGUCGAAAGACAAGCCAGGUGGCACGUCAGGAAAAACCAUCGCUGAAAACACUAACUUUAUGCAAGCAUCUUGUUUGGAUGGAUUGGCUUGGUUUGUUGAUAGUAACAGCUCCAUUCAUGUCUACAAAGGAUUAAACCGAACCGAUCCUAAAGACAAGGAGAAUUGGCACGUGGUAAAAGGGAUUCCAACGAGAUGGGCGUGUCUAAAGAUCUACGGUUGGUCAUGGAUUGUAGACAACAAAGGAUCAAUAUGGUUCACAAAUAAAGUAACACACGAAAGUCCAAUGGGAUGUGAGUGGUAUCAAGUCUCUCUCGGUCAAUACUUGAUGCAAGAUAAAACCCUAUUGGACACCCUGUGGUCUUGGGUUCGCCGAGUGGAUGAGACCAAGCUAAUAACAGCAAGUCCUAGAGCAGGGAUCUGGAUAUUGGGAAAGAAUGGGUCCUUGAAUUCUGCGCGCGGUCACCUUCUGGGUGGUCAUUGGCAGUCUAUUACUCCAAAUGGUACAGCUAAGUCAGUAUUCUGGUCGUGUAUAUCAGCCAGAGGGUAUUACUCUGUACAGGGUAACGGUAACCUAUGGGCAUUGCAACCAAGUGGAGACGUGAUAUGCUUCAAGCCAGGCAGUAGAGCAAUCGCGGUGGAGUCAUCUAACACCGUGCUUAAACUUGUUGCUGCUUCACAUCGAACAGUGUGGGGAAUCUCACACAAUUUCCGCGUCGUUCAACGUCUUGGGAUCAUGGAAGACCUUUGUCCACAAGGCGUGAACUGGAAGGUCGUCGAACUAUCAAGUUUCCAAGUAGGUCGUGUUUGCCAUAUUAGUUCAGGAACACUGUGUACAUGGGCUGUUGACGAAUCGGGCUCAGUCUGGUUGCGCAUAGGAGACCUAGAGAAGACAGACACCACUGUGUCUCAAGUAUGGUUACAAGUCGACGGAGAACCAUCUAUAGGCUGUCGCUUCGUUAAAGUAGCCGUCAGUCCUGAUGAUGCCAUUGUAUGGGCAUUAGAUGACCGUUUCAAUGUCUAUGCCCGCAGAAAUGUGGCUCCUAAUUUCCAGGUUGGAACAUCCUGGGAGCUUGUGCCAGGUACGCAUGUUAAAGAUGUAUGUAUCAGUGGUGGUCACGUGGUAUGGGCUGUGUGCGCCAAUGGGGACAUAGCUUGUCGAUAUGGAGUUAGUGAAAGCUACCCGCUGGGCAACUAUUGGAAGAAAGUUCCCGGGAACUUCGAACUGAUUUCUAUUACACCUGAUGGAGAACUGUGGGCCAUCAAUCUGAAUGGUCAGCUGUUUCGCCGUAAAACGAAACAUUUUUAUGGUACCCAGUCUCCUUUCAAAGAGCGCACCUACAGCUCUCUUGAAGCAGAAUGGGAAAUAAUCUAAAACGCUUUUCAAUGAAAAUUCGAUAUCUGUAUCAUGAUAAAAUCUUCGGUUUCCAAAAGAGUUUAUAUGAAUUUCUAAAAUAUUUGAUGAAAAGCUUUAGUUAUAAAAAUACUGGCGUUAUUCAGUUGCGUUAGAAGCAGAAUUCAAUAGAGGCUAAUAUAAUACUGAGCUAUUUCAAAAAAACAUUCUUAUACCCAAAGGCGAUAGGCGAAAAGCAAUAGAAGAUAGGUCAUCCCAAGAUCCAAGAAUAGCUGGAACGACUUGCAGCUUUUGCUUGUUAUUCUUGUCAAGAAAAUGGACCUUCGUGUUGAGAAUGAUUUAAUGCAAUGUUAUUCGUAGUCGACGGAUUUCCGUCUCGGAAUGACCUAUCGCCUAUUGCCUUUAGAGAUGACAGCGUUUUUUGAAAUAGGCUUAUGAAUCAACAACUCAAUAAUCGCAUGACUCAAAACAAUUUUGUCGGUGAAAAAUAAUUUCAAACUAAUCUUU